UACAUCGACAAACUCGAGCGCCUGUUUGUCGAACAUGGCGUCACUUCUGAUCGCAACAAGAUCAACGCAUCUCUACGCUACCUCCCUCAUCUUGAAGCACGCGUCUGGAAGUCUACCAAUGCAUUCACCGACGCCACGAAAUCCUGGGCUGAAUUCAAGGAGGAGGUCAUCAAACUGUAUCCCAGCGCCGCGAUCGAAGGUCAAACCACGCGCGGUGAUCUUGAGGCUCUCGUCAGGGCACGCGCUGCCUCCGUCAUCACCUCUCGGGCCGAGCUCGGUGAAUACAACCGCCGGUUCAAGGUACUCGCCGACGACCUCCUUCAAAAGCAC